GAAUGUGACGCGGCGGCUCUGUGCUCCUGUCUGGCCGGGCACGUAUGGAGCAAUGAAGUUUGUGAGAAGAAGAGCGAUUGUUGUAAUCCUACCAAUCCCACCAAGUGUAGCCUUCCCAAAGACGUCGAUCCAAUUUGCCAUCCGACGACCAGAGUCACUAUUUAUGGGUCGAUUUUUCUGGAAAAUGAGAUAUAUUACCACUCCCUGGAAGACCCGAAUACUCUGAAGUUCAAAGCACUUGCUAAAGAGCUGAUAGAUAAGAUGAAACCAGUUUACAACACCCUGCUGCGAUUCGAUGGCAUACAGGUCACCGGGUUCAGGCUAGGUGUGUAUGCAUCCUUUGAGGUAUAUGUCAACACCCAAAUGAAUACAAAGACCUUGGGGCAGAAAACCGCGGCAGCAGCGAUAGCAUUGGACAACAACCCCAUUGAAGUGGAAACUGAAGGCCUUCUGGACAUAAGCGGCCCCCCGCAGCCGGUGAAGCUGAACAGCAUGGUCGACAUCGUCUGCAAUUCGUCCCAAAACGAUAUAACGGUCAAAGAGUGGAAACAGGCCACACUGAGAGAUCCGUUGGUGAUCUCUCAGAUCACAGACGGAACAGAGUCCAAUGUGAACUCACAAGGGAACGGGACCACCAUACUCACACUCCAACAAACAUCUGAAAUUUGGGCAGGCCUGAUCAAUUGUACCUUCAGGCCAGAAUUGGAUACCGGUGUGAAGAUACUUCACAGAGCCAGUUUCAAACUGGACGUCGCACUUCUGCCUCAAAUCGUCAUCUUCAGCGACCCCCAGUUCCCCCAAUGUAAAAAUGGCUCCACAAGGGUGUCGGUGAGAGUGAAAUGUGAGAUAAAGAACAGCACCGAACCCUAUGCAGUAGAUUGGACCGUAGAGGGGAAUUCUUCUGCUUUGGUGGCUGGACAAAACGUCGAAGGGCAAGAUCCCAGGUCCUACGACGCCCAAACUGCCUUUUCGUGUUUACCAAAGGACGCGAAGAACCCGGCAAACAUGAAUUGUGUGUUCAGCAAUAGGAUGAAGCAAACACGAAAGGCCUCGAUUGAAAUCCACAUCAUAGGCGUAAAUGAUCUGCGUUGUCAGGCGGACGAGGAUUGGCCAGUCACGAAGGCCGGCUUCACUGCCAAGCUGCGUUGUGAGGGAGUUAGAGAGGGGUUUAGAUCGCGGGAAUGUGACAUCAACAGAAUUUGGGGGAAGGAGGAGUCAGAGUGCGUAAACCGCGACCUCUUCAGCAUUGCAGAACGCACCCAAGUGAUUGACAAAGGUCUCGGAGUUGUUUACCAGAAUGCCGCAGAGCUGUUUUCUCGCCUUACAAAUGCUACUAACAACACGAGGAGCAUCAGCAGUGUUUCUAAUCUAAAUACUUCCAUCAACAUCCUCAACAACAUGCAAAACUUAAACACCUCGUUCAAUACAUCCACAUUAGAGGAAAUCGUGAAGUCGUCCAGCAACAUCCUGAACGUUCCUUCGGAGGAAGUUUGGAGGUCAAAUGUCACGGAUAACCUGUCGAUGGCUGAAUUGUACUUGGAGUCUGUUAAGCAGUUGAUCAGCCAGACCAACAUAUCAAAGGAACAUGCCAGUGGGGCGUCAAAUGUACAGAUAAAGGCUUGCAAGUUGGCGCGCUGUACGAACACUCUCUUCGGCGUCAACGUUUCCGUCGACGGGCAACAAGGCGUUGUGAAAACGGCGGGUUUUAAAAAUCUUGUCAACUUCUUGCCGCCCAUACAGAAGGACACCAAGCCCAACAGCAUCGUAGUGACGGUGAGUGACAGCAAUAAAGAGCGACGGUUCAAUCACGACCUCGGCAGUGAAGUCUUGAUCCAGUUCACGCUGAUCUCCCCGCGACAACGCAACCAUGAAAUGAAGUGCGCCGCCAUGGACAGAAAUGGGAAGUGGUCGUUUGACCUUUGUGUCUGGGGCGGAUCGAGAAACGAAGGCAGCUGUAAGUGCCAAUUUUCCUCCUCGUUUACCCUCCUCUUGUCAAGAAAAGCUGUCAUUCUGCCGGCGCUGCGCGAGAUCACCUGCGUGGGUCUAGCCAUUUCCAUCGCCUCUCUGGUCUCGUUCCUGAUGAUCGAGUGCCUGGUCUGGAAGACCGUGACGAAGUCCGUUGGCUUGUACUUGCGCCACAUCACGCUAGUGAACAUCUCCGUGUCCCUCCUGAUCGGAAACUGCAGUCUCUUUGCAUCCGCAUUCCCGGGGGACGUUUCCGACCUCUGGUGUCAGAUCUGCGUGGUCUUGAAGCAUUUCUUCUUCCUUGCGCAGUUCUGCUGGAUGUUCUGCCUCAGCUGCCUUCUGCUCUACCAGACCAUGGUUGUGUGGUCGGAUCUGAGCAAAGGUUGGUCCCAGGGCGUGUGCUACUCAGUGGGCUACGGCGCCCCGUUUCUCAUCGUGACCUUCACGUUUGUGUCCAACGACGGCGGAGCAGAGGGGAAGUACUACGACGCCCAUAGCUGUUGGCUGACACACCACAGCAUGCUCAAGGGCUCCUUCUAUUCCUUCAUCAUACCGGUGGGCAUCAUCGUCUUCGUCAACAUUUUAAGCAUGGCCUUGGUGAUUGUCAAGCUGUUGAACCCCGUCAAGGGAUUAGGACCAGGAGGACGUAAAAGCUGCAGCAGUGGCCAUGCCGCCAUACGCAUUCUCAGGUCCAUCAUCAUCCUGACCCCUGUCUUCGGAGUGACCUGGCUCUUCGGUUUUGCUAGUUUAGUCCUUGACCUGGCGGAUGGCCUGGCAGCGUCCGCAGUCUUCUACAUCUUCAGUGUCUGUAAUUCUUUCCAGGGACUGUUCAUCCUGUUGACCGUCAGUGUGGGAGAGAAAAUGGUUCGAGACGCACUGAGGAAAAAUGUUUUCGCAACUCGACGGCCAUCGUCCACUAAGGAGACCUCCAUGACAAUGCAGUCUUCGAUGGAAGACUGACUCCUGAGACACCAGCCUGUCCCGUUUAGUGGAGGGAAACGCAUUUCAUCUUCAGCAGGGAAAUGUAAUUAUUUUUGGCCUAAUGUUGUAGGCUACAACUUUAGAGCAUGGGAUGUAUAACGAUCUUAUUGUGGAUGUGUGAUGUCAAGGGUUUUUAUUAUUUAUUAGGGUGGCAAGCACAGAUUGCGAAGCUAACCUAUCGUAAUUGUUAGUUUUACUAUUAUUAGGUGAGUGCUGCAAGCAGUGCUCAACUAUUGUUCUUCAUAAGUUGUAUUCAUUCUUUCUUUCUCUCUACA